CUGCGCGCUCCCUCCCUGCAAAAGAAACCACAACUUCCUCAUUAAUAAAACUACGUUACCUGUAUUUCAGUUUCUAUUUCAGAAGGAAAUUAAAGUAUCUGACAACACACCUUGACCAUGUCGGACGGAAAACCCAGUGGUGAAGACACUGUGGAUGCCAGAAAAGAGAAAGGACAAGGGACUCCGUUUCUCACCGAUGCCGGAGUCGAUUACACAGAUGCCAAACCACAUUCUGAUGCUUUCCAGUACAACAUGAACUACGGCAGUCUGGGACAAUGCGUGAUCAUCAACAACAAGAACUUCCACAGAAAAACGUCGAUGGGAGUUCGUAACGGGACAGACGAGGAUGCAAAGAGUGUGAUGGCGACCUUCUCAAAGCUAGGCUUCAAAGUCAGUAUUGCAAAUGAUCAAACUGUCUCGGAGAUGAAGAAUUUGUUAACUAAAGUGUCUCGGGAGGAUCACAGUAAGUCGGCCAUGUUUGUGUGUGUGUUGUUGAGUCAUGGAGACGAUGGGAUGAUUUAUGGCACGGAUGGUGCUAUACCAAUGAAGACACUGUUUGAGCUCUUCAGAGGAGAUCGCUGCACUUCACUGGUGGGGAAACCCAAGCUCUUCUUCAUUCAGGCUUGUCGAGGCACAGGUCUGGACCCUGGCGUUGAAUCGGAUGGCGAAAGUGAAAUGGAAACGAAGAGAAUUCCUGUGGAGGCCGACUUUCUGUACGCGUACUCCACAGCACCAGGGUAUUACGCCUGGAGGAACGUCAUUCAGGGUUCCUGGUUCAUCUCUUCGCUCUGUGAGAUGCUGUUAAAAUACGGCAAGCAACUGGAGAUCAUGCAGAUCAUGACGCGUGUCAACCACAAGGUGGCGUUCGACUUCGAAUCCUACAGUAAUAUGCCAGGGUUCGGUGGCAAGAAACAGAUCCCUUGCAUUGUAUCUAUGCUGACCAAAGACCUCUACUUCCCUAAAUAAUUCAUCUUUAUUUUACAGAUUAAGUUGCAAUGGGAUAAGAACACUUUUAUUGUAUGUACAAUCAAAACAAAGUUUACUCAGACACCAUCAACAUUUCUCACAUUAUCACAGUUUAUUCGCUAUAGUUUAGAAAAUGGUAAUUAAAUAUGACGAGAACUCAGUUGAUAUUUGACUGGUUUUGUCCGUCCUUCUGUUAGACUCUCACACAUGAAUUAUGUUGAAUAUCUGUCAGCUGUUAAAUUUAACUACACAAUUAGAUAAUACCAGUUUAGCUCAACCAGUGACCAAGCAAUGCUUCAUGUUGUUCAGUGUGUGUGUGUGUGU